CACUUGGUAUCGACAUCAUUCCAUUCAACCAGAUUGCAUUGAACCAUUGCAUUGAACCAGAUUAAAAAUAUUCUCACAAUCUUCAUCAAAAUAAAUUUAUCUUCUUUACGUAAAGUUAAUAUUAGUUACAUUCCUCAAGGGGCUAAUGAAAAAUACUUUAGGCUUAGAUCAGGAAGCUCUUUUCCAACUAUAUCCUGAAUGUUGGUUCUAUUCUCUAAUGGAUAUAUCUUUCCUUAAAAAAAAAAAAAAGUAUAGUUGAUUCGAUGUGGUGACCUUACCUACAUAAAACUCUUAUGUAAUGACUCUAGUUUUCUUACGUAUGGUCGUUUUGUUCCUAAAAAAAAUACUUAAAUAAUUAUUCUCCCGCGAUAUCUCUAAUCAAACAACACACACACUGACUCUCACUCACCUCAACUUCAUCAAUGCGAAUUCUUCUUUUUCUAAGUUCUUCCUAUGCUGAUUUGUGUCUCAUUCUGACGUAAUGACGAACAAACUUCCCGUCCGGUCUCGCCGCCGUCCCCGCUCCGGCGCCUACUACGCCUGCGCUGUCGGAUCCGCUGUCCUCCUCCUCCUAUUUUUCUCUGUUUCCCUUCUCUACUCCCGCCUCUCCCUCUCUCAUCCCCACAAUUCCCUCCUCAGUCAUAACCGCAACAGGAAUCCUGCCUCCGAAUACGACGACGUUUCCCUCACUAACCCUCUCAUUUCCGAUGUCGUUUCCCAGGACGACGAUCCCCUAGCCUCCGCCGAGGACCGCAUUGACGAGCUCGAUGACGUCGUUGAGGAGGCUUCCGUUAGGGAAGAAAGUUUUGAGGAAGACGAUGAUUCAACUCCUGUGACGAAAUCCAAUCGACCUAGGGAUUAUGGUUAUUUCUACGAUCACAUGAACGGCGUGAUUCGUAGGGCCUUCAGUCGGAGAUCGAUUGAGGAUUGGGAUGACGAGAAUUUAGGGUUUAAUGUGGGAUUGACGACAGAGGAUCAGAGUAAGGCUGCGUUUGGAUCCGACGAUGUUCCUGUGGACGAAGCUGUGAGGAGGAAGGCCAGCGAAGUGGCAAGUGUCGAGGAUGCGCUAUUACUGAAAUUGGGUGGGAGAGUUUCUCCGUUAAGAGAGGGUUGGGGAGAAUGGUUCGAUAAGAAGAGCGAUUUUUUGAGGAGAGAUCGAAUGUUUAAGUCAAAUUUGGAGGUUUUGAAUCCAUUGAAUAAUCCAUUUUUGCAAGACCCUGACGGAUUGGGGGUCACCACUCUCACGAGGGGCGAUCGUCUGGUUCAGAAAUUGAUCUUGAAUGAUUUUAAGAGAGUUCCAUUUCUAAUGAAGAAGCAAUUGAGAGUUAAUUCAGUUUCAGGGGUUUCUCUCAAAUCUAGAGGUGAUGAGAAUGUCUCAGGAAGGGUUGUCUUGUCCAGAAGUAAGAUUAAGAGAGGUUUGAAUGAAGUUCCGGAAAGUGGAUCGGAUAGGAAGAAGCCCGUUAAUGGCGGCCUGGGUGUGGACUCUGAUGGGGUUCGUGGGAAAUCGGAGUUUUCGAGUCACAUUUACGCAGAUGGCAAGAGAUGGGGUUACUAUCCUGGUUUGCUGCCGUAUCUGUCUUUCUCGGAUUUCAUCGAUGAGUUUUUCAAGAUUGGCAAGUGUGAGAUGAGAGUUUUCAUGGUAUGGAAUUCUCCACCAUGGAUGUAUAGUGUCCGGUACCAAAGGGGACUCGAGAGUUUACUCUAUCAUCAUCGAGAGGCCUGUGUUGUUGUGUUGUCAGAGACCAUUGAACUUGAUUUCUUUGAAGAGAGCUUUCUAAAGGAUGGUUAUAAAGUUGCUGUUGCUAUGCCAAAUCUUGAUGAGCUGCUGAAGGAUACACCGACCCAUGUAUUUACUUCUGCCUGGUUCGAAUGGAGAAAGACCAAGUACUAUUCUACUCAUUAUAGUGAGCUUGUCCGCCUUGCUGCACUGUACAAAUAUGGUGGAUUAUAUCUGGAUUCUGAUAUCAUAGUUUUGAAACCACUAUCUUCACUUAGCAAUUCUAUUGGAAUGGAGGAUCCAGUUAAAGGAAGCUCUUUGAACGGAGCAGUGAUGCUGUUUAGAAGGCACAGUCGCUUUCUAAUGGAGUGCAUGAAAGAGUUCUAUAUGACAUAUGACGAUACUCGCUUGAGAUGGAAUGGGGCGGAACUUUUGACUAGAGUUGCAACUAAAUUCUUAGAAAGGGAGAGAAGUCCCAUUAAAGAGCUAGAGUUGAGAGUGCAUCAUUCUCCAAUUUUCUUCCCUAUUGGCUCUCAGAAUAUAACGAGAUACUUCACUGCACCGACAACAGAGACUGAAAAAUUUGAACAGAAUUCUCUGUUUGAAAAGUUUUUGGAAGAGUCAAUGACAUUUCACUUAUGGAAUAGCUUAACAUCUGCUCUCAUUCCAGAACCUGAUAGCCUUGUGGCAAGGCUUAUUGAUCAGUACUGUAUCCGGUGCUCUGAUGUGUUGUAAAUUCACUUUAUAGUUGACCAUUUUUCUCCUCUCCAGGUCUUAAUAGAGAAGGUAUUAAACUGCCAAAAUUACCAAAUAAGUAUUUCUCUAACACAAAAAGAAAAGAAAAAGUUCAGGCAAUACUCUGUUUUGAUGAGCCAAACACCAGAGUUGGCGACCCAAUUAGGUCUUGUACUGUUGUAGUUUUGUAUCUCUGUAUGUUCACCCCCAUAAAGUAGAGCUUUCGUCUGUAUGUUGCUUAAAAUUGUCUAUACGUAGGAAGAUGUCUCUUAGCCCAAAUUUUUGGAGGUUAGUGUUGUUUCUAUACCUUUGGUCUAAGCCACUUCUGCAACUGUUUUUUGGGAUGAGGACUUGGGAUAUUUCCCAUCCCUCAACCAGUUAGACAUGUCCAAUGGCAUAUAGAUCAGGAUAUGUAUUGUGCAGCAUGCCGCAACAGGAGGUGCUGGUUAUGAUGAACACUCAGAUAAAUUAACAGGGCGUAUUGGCCUUUACAUCUCAACAGUUGGUUUGCUUGUUUUCAAAGGCGGAACCAAGAGCAUGUGCUGUAUUGCUUUUCCACUAAUAUCUUUGUACAUCAGAAUCAACUGUUCGGAAUCAAUAGAAUUUAUUUAUAUAUGUGUUGCAGUUAGUUUGGAGGCAUUUCAUUUGUAAUACCGUGAUGAGAAAUUCUCUGCAAUAAAGUUGAAAACACAAAAAUAUAUAUUUGGGAGAUACUAGUUCUUACCUUUUUUUUUUAUCAAACAUAACAUUUAUCUAAUUAUUAAAACUGUAUCAAUGGGUUAUGGUUUGGUAGCAUACCAAUUACAUUGGCCUAUUUCUUUAAAGGCACAUGAUUUCAGCUUAAAAGUUUUGUGCAUGUGUCGCCUCUUGUUAUUUAUCUUGCUCUUCGUGUUAUAAUCUACCUGCCCCAUCUUCUAAUAUAUUAUGAUUAUGAUAGUUGUUAUUAUUGCAAUUGUUCUUUCUCAUUGCAUAAUUUUCUUAGUAGUUUACUGUUCUCCACAUGCAUCAUUUAGGACUUGGGGGUACAUUUCAUGCAUACGUGGACCUACAAUUUUAUAUGAAUUCAAAUGCUAUGUAUUGUGGACGCGCAUCAUAAAAAUGAUUGAUAAAUAUAUGAAUUCAAAUGCUAUAAUUUUAUUUUAUUGCUUUUCAUAUCUGAUUGAAAAAAAAGAAAACCAUGGUCCACCACGGCCAUGAUAAUUGUGGGUGGCAUCAAGCAUUUUGGCGUGAUUGAAUUGGUUCACCAACACUGAUGAAUGGGAAGUCAAUUUUUAAUCGCUUAUAUCUGCCCCCUAUAAAUUAUUAUGGCUGUAAUAUAACAUUAGGUGGUAACUAAGAUGAAAUCCUAGUGAAUUAUGUACAACGAUGACUUUCUUUUGUUACUACAAUGAAGAACAUGAACUAUCAGAUAACAAAACAACAUCAAUCUGAAACAGUACGCAAGAAUCAAAUGAUAACAACAUAAUUGCACAACACCCCAAUCUCCCACAUUCUAGUCCAAAGCAUUUGGUCCAAAACAUCUCCUUCUCACAGGGUUCCACACCCACUGAAUCAUAAACUUCCUCCCUUUCACUCCAUUAACAUUGUAUCCAACUCCCCUAGAGCCCUUAUAAACUUUGCCCACAUAGCCUCCACCCCCACCACUCCCAUAAACACCCAUACACAAGUCAGCUAUCUCUGUUGGAGCAGUUGGAUCCUCCCCAGCAUACCAAGCAUUCACAAGAGGAUUACUUGACACCUCUGCAAGCUCAUGAGCUAACACACUGAUCAUCCCAUCAACACCGGCAUCCCCAUUUGGUGGGCGCAUCACGUUGCCACCGCCGACUCCUCCAGCCCCGGGAGGUGGCAUUUUCGAGUAGUCAGGCCAAGCAAAUGGGUAGGCACACAUUCCAGGGCACUGUGAACCGCUGUAGCCCACCCAUGCAUAGGGCACAGUCACCCCAACUAUAGUGGGGAAGGUGAAGUAAUGGAAACCACAAACUGCCCUGCAAAAAUCUUGGACUCGGACAUCUGAAGAGGUUAGGACAAGGUAAAGACCAUUGUGUGGGUUGAGUGGAAGAGCUCUAUGGUUUGAAUUGGUGACUGCAGUGUUGAUUAUGGAUUGGAUAUCAAGACGACUUAGGUAACUUCCAUGGGAGUAGCUUGAGUCAAACGAUUCUCCAGAUAGGAUGAUGUUACCGGUUAUGUUGGAGCCGGUUUGGUCGGUGUAGAACCGGACAGUUCGCCACCAGUCGGAGACAGAAGGAUAAGGAGCCUGAGAUGAGAGUGAGUAGAUGAAGUCUCUUAUGGUGGAUUGGUGUGUUGGAUUCCAAUGUCCAUACCAUAUUAUAUAGAGGUUCAUGGGUGAAGCAAGGACUGGACCCAUAUGGUACCGGAGGUCCACUAGGUCAGAAGAACCUUCAUAGUUCUUGGCUUCAUUGAAUUGUCUGUUUUGAUUCAGGGAAAAAGCAAGAGAUGAAAAUGAAGAAAAGAAAGAAAGUGAUAGGAGGAGGAAGAAGAGGCAUUGCAAUAGUUGUUUUUGCAUCUUUGUUUAGAUAUUUGGUGUUGUUGUGAGU